AUGCUCCUGCUAGACGACCCCAAGAUCCUUCAAGAAAGUUCCGGGUCUCCCGCAGGAGGGCAAGGUGCUGGGCAAAGCCGACGCGGGUCGAUGGCCACAGUAAGCAGCACCGCGAAGGAAUUGGAGCAGAACAUCGGCAAAGGGGUCCCGGCGGAGGCGAACCCGGCCGUGGCAGGAAGCGAUGGGAGGAAGAACGCCGUGGCGCCCGAACAGGGUGCUGAUCCUGACAACCGGAACAGCGGCAGGUUCAAGGAGCAAUGUGGGUUUGGUCAUCAGCGGAAUGGGAUCAAGAGCGGGGAAAUCAUCCCACGGGGAAAAAGGGACGAUCGUAAAACGGUUUUGAACAAGUAG